AUGAUUGAGGAGGACCUGAAGGGUUAUCUCGACUGGAUUACCCAGGCUGAAGAUAUCGACCCCGAGGAACGUGCUGACCAAGAUCAAAUCGAAAUGGAGGCAUCGACCCGGGAAGAAUACGGCGAGAACUACUCCGAGUCGUGGCUCACCAAGCGGAAAAAGGAGUAUGACAGUAUCCUGGAGAUUGUGCUCAAUUUCACGGAUCUUCUUCCGCCUCUUGGCUUGUCCGUCCUGCGAUGCGUUCGCUUGCUGCGUGUUUUCAAAGUUACCAGGUAUUGGAAAAGCAUGGGUAACCUGAUCAGGUCCCUGGUGAAUUCUAUCAAAUCCAUCGUGGCCCUGAUCGCGCUGUUGUUCCUGCUGAUCUUCGUUUUCGGCCUCCUGGGCAUGCAGAUUUUUGGCGGGAAAAUGGAGGAACGGAGCAAUUUCGAUAGCUUUUCACAGUCCAUGAUCACUGUGUAUUGGCGGUCCUUGUCGAACCUGGUGGCGUCGUUGCUCAAUUCCAUCCAAUCCAUUGCUUCCCUGAUCCUGCUUCUGUUCCUCUUCAUAAUAAUUUUUGCCUUGCUCGGCAUGCAAGUUUUCGGAGGGAAAUUCAACUUCGAAAGCGAGGAGAAGCCUCGUUCGAAUUUUGAUACUUUUUGGCAAGGGCUUCUAACCGUCUUCCAGAUAUUAACUGGUGAAGAUUGGAACGCCGUGAUGUAUGAUGGAAUUCGUGCCUAUGGUGGAGUCGCUGGCAUCGGAGCUUUGGCGUCGAUUUACUUCAUCAUCCUUUUCAUUUGCGGAAAUUAUAUCCUGCUCAAUGUUUUCUUGGCCAUCGCCGUGGAUAACUUGGCCGACGCCGAGGACAUGACAGCGAUUGAGAAAGAAGAGGAAGAGGCGGCUGCAGCUGCUGCGGCCGCCCAAAAGGAAGUAGAGGACGCCGCGGCGGCGGCAGCAGCGGACGGCGAAGGUGAAGGAGAAUUCGGCGACGAUCAACGAAGAAAAUCCGACGCCAGUCACAUGAACCACGUCGGCAGUAAUCACCGACAUGACCGUCGAGUCUCUGUGUUGGAGCCAAUCGAGGUGAAAGUAACGAACGCCAACGGCGUGGAAGUCGCCGUCGUCGUGGACGCCUUCAAAGAAAUGCCCAAAGCUGGCGGCGCCGCCGACGUCGCCUCAAGAGCCGUUGGUGUCGACGACGCCGACACAGGCGACACCAGUGACAACAACAAUAGACCCUCGGGGAAUCCCAAGGGCCUCGACGACCUCGGCGACGUCGAUACUGACGGCAUCGACAACGACGACGGCGAUGAAGUUGCCAGCAAUAAUGACGGCAACUCAGCUGUCGGCACUGCUGUGCCAAUGCCGCAACACGUCGUCGUGGCUCGUCCGCGUCGAGUGUCGGACAUCAGUUUCGGCGACACCAGAAAGCCGCUGCCGAAGGCGUCCAGCUUUUUUCUCUUUUCGCCCGCCAAUAGUAGGAUAAAUACGGCGUCGUUCCCACGGAACGCGAUGUACGUUGCUUGCUACCAGGAUCUGGAAGAGCUGGACGAAGAGGAGGAGGAGGAGGAGGAGGAGGAGGAAGAAGAGGAGGACGACGAGGAAGGGCAGGGCCGUGUGGGAGCCCGCCCCCGGCGCAUGUCCGAGUUGGACAGCCAGCCCGUGAUCACGCCCAUGCCGUUGGCGCGCUCCUUCUUCCUCUUUGCGCAGGACAACAGUUCGUCUUUUGUUAAUUAUCUGGAUGCUGAUUGUAAUCACGUCGAAUUUCAUGAGGUUUUCUUGUGGGUGCCAAUUAGAUUCCGGGUGAUGUGCCACUUUGUGUGCAAUCACAGUUACUUCAGCAACAUCAUCCUGGCGUGUAUCCUCAUAUCUUCGGCCAUGCUGGCUGCGGAGGAUCCUUUACAAUCCUCAUCACCUAGGAACCAAAUUCUGAAUUACUUCGACAUGUUUUUCACAAGUGUGUUCACGGUGGAGAUCUGCAUCAAAGUGAUCGCCUACGGGUUCAUUUUGCAUGACGGCGCGUUUCUGCGCUCGGCAUUCAAUUUGCUCGACUUGUUGGUUGUGACUGUUUCUCUAGUGUCCUUUGGGCUCAGUAAUGGAGCCAUAAGCGUGGUGAAGAUUUUGCGUGUGCUGAAAGUGCUGCGGCCGUUGAGGGCCAUUAACCGGGCCAAGGGCUUGAAGCACGUGGUUCAGUGUGUGAUUGUUGCUGUGAAGACAAUCGGCAAUAUUGUCGUUGUCACGACUCUGCUCCAGUUCAUGUUUGCUGUUAUCGGGGUGCAGCUGUUCAAAGGGAAAUUUUUCAUGUGUAGUGACACGUCGAAGAUGACCGAAGCGGAAUGCCAUGGUUCUUACGUAGUGUAUGAAGACGGGAAUUUGAACAACCCGAUUGUAAAAGAUCGCGAAUGGUAUCGCUACGAAUUCCACUACGACAAUGUCGGCAAGGCGAUGCUUACAUUGUUUACAGUGUCAACUUUCGAGGGCUGGCCACCGUUGUUGUACGUGUCGAUAGACUCACAUACGCCGGACACGGGACCAAUUUACAAUUACCGGCCGUUCAUCGCAGUCUAUUAUUUCGUGUACAUCAUCAUUAUUGCGUUUUUCAUGGUCAACAUCUUCGUGGGUUUCGUCAUUGUCACCUUCCAGUCUGAGGGAGAGCAGGAGUACAAGAAUUGCGAGCUUGACAAAAAUCAAAGAAACUGCAUUGAUUUCGCGUUGAAAGCGAAGCCGGUGCGUCGGUACAUCCCGAAAAACAGGGUUCAGUAUCGGAUAUGGUGGUUCGUGACGUCCACUCAAUUUGAAUACGUCAUCUUCGUCCUCAUCAUGGUGAACACGAUUUCCUUGGCCAUGAAGUUCCACAAUCAACCGCCGGGUUACACCCAGGGCCUCGACGUUCUCAACAUGAUUUUCACGGCCGUUUUCGCCCUGGAAUUCGUUUUGAAAAUCCUGGCUUUCAAACCGAAGAAUUACUUCGGAGACGCGUGGAACGUAUUUGACUUCAUCAUUGUUCUCGGAAGCUUCAUCGACAUCGUUUACGCCGAAAUGAGCUCGGGGAAAAGUAUCAUCAGCAUCAACUUUUUCCGCCUGUUCCGAGUGAUGAGGCUUGUCAAGUUGUUGAGCAGAGGUGAAGGCAUUCGAACUUUGCUUUGGACAUUCAUAAAAUCUUUCCAAGCCUUGCCUUACGUUGCACUGUUGAUCGUCAUGCUGUUCUUCAUUUAUGCCGUCAUCGGAAUGCAGCUGUUCGGGAAAAUAGCACUGAACAACGAAGGGUCGGCCAUUGACCGGAACAACAACUUUCAAACGUUUCCGCAAGCCGUGUUGGUGUUGUUCCGCUCUGCGACCGGCGAAGCCUGGCAGAAAAUCAUGUUGGCUUGCAUUCACGCACCGGCUGUCAAGUGUGACGUUCGAAGCGACGAAUUCAAGAGCCAACAAACCAGUUGUGGAUACGACUUCGCCUUCCCUUAUUUCAUCUCUUUCUACGUGCUUUGUUCCUUCCUUAUCAUCAAUUUGUUUGUGGCUGUCAUCAUGGACAACUUUGACUAUCUGACGAGGGAUUGGUCCAUUCUCGGGCCUCAUCAUCUCGAUGAGUUUGUGAGGUUGUGGAGCGAAUAUGACCCAGACGCAAAGGGCCGCAUCAAACAUCUGGACGUUGUGACCUUGCUUCGCAAAAUCUCUCCUCCUCUGGGUUUCGGCAAACUUUGUCCUCACAGAGUCGCUUGCAAGCGCUUGGUGGCGAUGAACAUGCCUCUGAACUCUGACGGAACCGUCAUGUUCAACGCGACUCUGUUCGCUGUUGUGAGAACGUCAUUGCGAAUCAAGACCGAUGGCAACAUUGACGAUGCCAAUGCCGAGCUUCGAGCAGUCAUCAAAAAGUUCUGGAAACGCACGAAUCCUCGGCUUCUCGACCAAAUCAUCCCUCCGCCCGGUAAUGACGACGACGUGACUGUGGGCAAGUUUUAUGCAACUUUCCUGAUCCAAGACUACUUCAGACGAUUCAAGAAGAAAAAGGAGCAGGAGAUGAAGGAACAAGGAGAACGAAGUCGUGAAAAUACUGUCACUUUACAGGCUGGUUUGAGAACAUUGCAUGAGGCAGGACCGGAACUGAAGCGAGCCAUUUCCGGAAAUCUAGAUCAACUGAUUGACGACGACCCGGAGCCGAUGCACAGGGUUUCUCCUGCACAUUCUCUGGAUUACAACCAGAUGAAUCAUCAGCCUGCUGAAACCCGACACCAUUCACUGCACGUCGGAAGUGCCUGGUCGUUGAUCCGGGCCGCGUCGAGGUAUGGGCGUCGUCGGCGGACUGCGGGUGACGAAGACCUGCACUGCCUGCGCCCCCUGCGCCUUGUCACGGGCCCGGACCCGGUACCCAACGACCUCUGCCUGCGCCCGCCGCUUUGCAUCAACGUCGAGAUGUCCGAGGCGUCCUCCACCCCGGACCUGACCCCGACGCCGCCCAUGAUGGAGCUGCUGGGCGUGAAGGGCGGGGAUUGGCGGCACGGCGGCUCCGUGCGCCUCCUCCGUCGCUUCCAUCACCACCGCCCACGAGGCCCGUACUCGUUCGCGAUUGGUCGCUGGGCAGCCGCGCACCUUCCUCACCACCACCACCACGAGCAUCAUCAUCUCGUCGAUGGCCUCAUCUUGGCGCAAACACAAGCACUCGCUGCCGCCGGAUUCCUGCCAGAUAAGGACAUCCCGGUGGCGUCUGGGAAUAAGCGGCGGCUGUCGUCGUCGGCGUCAUCGUCGUCCUUGGGUGGUGUGGCGAAUCCUUGCGAAGUGCGCGUGGAACUCAACGGCGACCCCGACCAUCAGGGAAGUGGCGGCAGUGGGCUUCGUGAGUUGGAGUUGCGCCGCAGUUCGUAUCACAGCCUCGGGGUCGCCUCGCCGGAGAGACUGGCGCCGCCGAUGCAUCCCAGGGCGAGCUCGUUCCACGCUGUCCGAGGAGGACCAACUGGGAAAGAAAGCCAAACAAAUGGACGACUGCCGUAUUCAGCUCCGUCGACACCGAAACCGUGGGACAAAAUUGAGGGUUCUGCUGAAAAUCUUGUUGGAAGAGUGUUGGCACAGCAAGGCCUCGGCAAAUACUGCGACCCCGACUUCGUGCGUGCAGCGUCGCGGGAAAUGGCGGAGGCCAUGGACAUGACGGAGGAGGAGUUUGACCGGGCGGCGCACGAUCUCAUGGUCAGCAUGGCGGACCAGUCGCAACAGCAGCAGCAGCAACAAUCUCCAUCACGCCCCAACAGCGGCAAUGGCAGCAUCACCGCCAAUCUCAACCACCACACCCAGCACCACAACACCCUGUCUUCACCGGUCUCCUCCUCCUCGCCCAAUUCAUUCUCCCCGCUCGGCUCGGAUCUGGAAGCGUCUCCUUUGCACAGCGGCGGCGUUUUCAGCGAACAAUCGGGAUUACCUUCAAGGCCCCUGAGGCGUGGAAGAGGUUCAUUAGCUGCCGGGGGACGAGCACCAAUUGCGUCGCCCGAAGACUCGACGGUUCGUUCGAACCCCUUUUUCCCCGCCUCUUCCGGCAGUGACACGGACACUGACCUCACAUACCAUUCAAGGACGACCAAGUUGUAACAGUCUGCCGAUCUUUUUUUUUUUUUUUUGUAUUGCCACGUGUGAAAAUAUUUAUUGCCGAAGCCACAGCUGUUUCGCCCAAAUCCCCGAAUUUCCAGGAUUCUAUUGUCAAACCCCAUUCCUGUUUUUUUGUUUUGUUGUUUGUCAAGAAAAUUUUAGUCAAUGUGGCGUGGAAAUGCGCGAUCAUUUCUUAGGAAUUUCUGUCACCAAACAAUCUGUGAUGAGACAGCUAUUGUAUUCUUCAUAAACUUCCGAAUUUUGAUUUCUCCUUGAUGUUUUUCUGAAAGACUUUAAUAUACGAGGGAUGGUUCAAGAGUUAUCUAAAGUAAAUUAAAAUGGAGGUUCCCGAUUUUCAAGUCGCACUUCUCACAACGAAACUAUUCUUUUUCUGAAGAUUUCAUUCAACUGCUGUUUGAAUUGAGAAACUUUGUGUUCACGAAGUGUCAUAUUUCAACCUCUACAUCGAGCAUUAUAUAAAUGUGAAGAAAGUGUUUCAUGGAACGUUGUUGUCAGAUCUGAAAUUUUUCCUUGGAGAUAUUUUUCAAUGAUUUGAAGUAUUUCCUUGUGCAGAAACUACCAAAAAAAAAAAAACAAUCAUGCAAAUUAUCCGGUAAUCGUUGGUGAAUUUCAUUCUCGAACAGAGAGUUUAUCAUUUUAAACUUGUUGCCUUGCCUACCUUUCCUUAAAAAUCGAAAUAUUGGUCACAGGAAACAAUCAUCAAAUACUUUGAAAAACAAUGAUAAUGGAAUCGAAACUCUGAUGAGACUCAUGAACCAAGCCUCCCAACAUAAAUUUUAGCUAAUUUAUAGUCCGUUGGAUAAGAAACUGGUUAACCAACACAGGGCACAAGUCAUGGAACACAUUACUGUAGCAUUCAUUUGGUAAUUCAGUACAUUAUUUAAUGUUAAAUCGGAAUUCUGUGCACUUCGGCCUCCAUGAAUUUAUGCUGACUGAAACGAAGCGGACAAUGUUGAUUAUCUCUUACCUCUGCCGCACAAACCGGAAGAACGCCAUGAAGACUUUUGUUCUCGUCCACAGAUGUCGUAUGUAAUGCCCCACUAGUUUUAUCCCUUGCGGCGUCGUUUCUUAUGCGUAAGAAAUUAUGAUAUCCCUCGAGGAUUUUCAUCCAUAGGACUUGAGUGACUUGGCAGUUGUUCAUAUCGUUGAGUGAAUCUCUAGAACAUGUUUCGAAUCAAGUGCCUUGCGAGACGAACCGUCAGAAGUCACUAGCCAGAACGUUUCUUGAUUCAGGUCGAAAUUUGUAGCCUUUCUUACGAUUAAAAGAAAAUUAGCGGUAGAAAUCGAGAUUAUCGUUAGAUUGAGAGAAGAAUGUGAGAAAAUAUAUUCGGGACGCAAGAGCAUCGUUUAAACACGAUGUCGCCAAAAAAAUAGCGGUUCAGAAAAUCUCUGAUUUGAAGGAAAAGAAUUUAGAAGCCGACUUUGACGGAAAGUGUCUUCUGAGUGCCUCAAACGUAUUGUGAUUGAGAGAACAUAUUACCAUGGAAUUUAUUGAGCGUUAAUCCUUGUUACCCGUCGGAGCCAAAAAAAAAAUGUGGCUGUUUGUCCAUUCAAAUUUUCAUCCCGAAUGUAUAGAAUCAAGACAUUCUCUUCCCGAGAACAUUUUGCUCAUUGCCCAACAUUUCGAUUCAUUUUUCUUUAGUUGAAUUGAGUAAGAUUCAUCAGAGCGAGAACUUGCAGUCGAUCGAUUUUUCAGAGAUUUUGAUGAGUCUAAGCUGAGGCAUGGAGGAAAACCUUCGCGAUUCCUGUUCUUGUCAGAAAGUUUCUUUAUUUUAGCACAAAUGAAGAAACAAAUGACAAAUGAUUGGAAUUUUUCUUUUGGUUGAUUUUUUUCCCCCUAUUGGGAAGUUUCACACUUCACACAGGAAACGUUUUCCCUGAAAAUCGCUUGUUGAGUCUUCGAGGCUGUUCCGAGCAGGACGAGUUGUUUCUUCUUGAUUUUCCGCGUUUGCUGCGAUGAGGAAAUAAAUAAAUGGAAUCGAAGAUCGGAAGUAAACGUUUUUGUUUCGUCUUUUUUUUUUUUUUGUGUGAGGCGUAUCUGAGAAAAGCGAGGGGGGAAAAGUUGGCGAAGUACGUGUUUUCUAUUGUUCAGAUUUAUAUGCGAACUUGGGCGCGGAAAAGAAAGCGUGAUGAAGCCAUGAGUGUCGAUGCCUUCAAAAAAUGGCGAAUAAAAUUUUCCCUGGUCAA